AUGGCGUCCCUGGUAGAGGUCUUUAUGGGAUCAUAUUCUUCUUCAGCACCGGUGGACUGGGAGGCAGAGGCCUACCCGGAGUACAGUGAGGCCUUGCCUGACUACGCCUUGCUCCCCCUACUCGUCGCCUUCUUCCCCGCCUUGCGCUUGAUCCUCGAUCAAUUCGUCUUUGAGGUGUUAGCAAGACGACUUAUAUUUAGAAAGGGACAUGACAAGAUUGCUGAAAUACAUGAAAGGAGAAACAAAAUCCACAAAUUUAAAGAAUCAGCCUGGAAAUUUGUUUAUUUUCUUUCGGCGGAACUAUUUUCAUUAUCUGUGACAUACAAUGAGCCAUGGUUCACAAAUACAAGAUACUUUUGGGUAGGGCCCGGCGAGCAGCUCUGGCCUAAUCAAAAGAUGAAGCUGAAGCUUAAGGCUGUAUACAUGUUUGUUGCUGGAUUUUACAUAUAUUCUAUCAUUGCACUUCUGAUCUGGGAAACAAGGCGAAAGGACUUCGGAGUUUCCAUAUGUCACCAUGUGGCAACUGUUGUUCUAAUUGUUAUGUCCUAUAUUUGCAGAUUAUCUCGUGCUGGGUCAGUCAUUUUAGCCAUCCAUGAUGCAAGUGAUAUAUUCGUAGAGAUAGGAAAGAUGGCCAAGUACAGUAGCUGUGAGUGGCUAGCUGCUGUGGCAUUUCUAUUUUUUGUGGCUUCUUGGAUCCUUCUUCGGCUAAUAAUUUUUCCUUUAUGGAUCCUAGGAAGCACAAGUUAUGAAGUAGCUAUGAUCCUGGAAAAGGACAACAACAAAAUCUACAGAAGCUCAUAUUACUAUCUUUUCAACACUCUCUUGUUCUCACUUCUAGUCUUUCACAUAUAUUGGUGGGUAUUGAUUUAUAGGAUGCUUGUCAAACAAAUCCAGUCCAGUGGGCAUGUUGGUGAGGAUGUUCGAUCCGAUUCUAAGGCGAAAAUGAUCAUGAAGAUUAAUCUGUAG